AUGCAUCAGCGCAGUUGUAGAGUUAUACAAGGACUAAACACCGAAUUAUGUACUGAUAUAGAGGAGCAAAGCAAUUUUGAUACGGAAAAUAUCCCUGAAAUGGAUCAAUUUAUUCAAAACGAAGCAUCGACAUCGAACAAUCAAAAUAUUCCAGAUUUAAAUAAAGGUAUUAAACUUCCUAAAAGUUCUUUACAAUGGUCAACGGCUAACGAUUAUUUCAAAUUUGCUCUUCAGUCGAAUCAACCAAUCACGUCUCAAGAUUUAGACUCAAACAUAAAGCUAUUAAAUAACAUUGUAUACGAAUAUUUUGCCCAAAACUUUGGUCAUACUGAUUCAACGCCCGACAAUUCUCUGGUAAAUAAGUACAAGGACUAUACAGUCAAGGACUUAAAGAGAGCUCUGAAAACCCUUAAAUCUACAAUCAGUGAACCGGACGAAAUUAAAUACGUAUCGCAUAUAUUGCGUGCCAAGCUUCGCCCGAAUAAUAACAACAACCAGUCAAGUGAGUCAGGUCUAGACGAUAGCCAUAGCAACAGCCAAACGCGAAAUCAUGAUAAAUAUAUCCAGAAAAGUUUCUGGGGUUAUAUCAAGAAUGUUUUAAAUAGGAAAGACACUGUUCUUCCAUCAUUCAACAUGACACAAUGUUUUUCUUAUUUCACUAAAACGCUUGCUGCAAUUCAUCCAAAUAAACUGUUCACUAUUCCAAGCUGGAUUCCUGCGUUAUCUGACCCUGAAGUUCAAUUUGACCUUGACCCUCCAUCAUAUCAACAAGUCACUAAUAUAAUCCGUGGAAUGAAAGCGUCCGGUUCUCCAUGCCCUCUUGACCAACUAUCUAUCAUAUGCUUUAAACGUUGUCCUUUCCUAAGAUCAUACCUAACUGACCUGAUACGUGCUGUGUGGUUAUCUGGAACCAUUCCUUCCGAAUGGAAAAAAGCCUGCACAAUACUGAUCCAUAAAAAAGGUGAUCCUAAUACCCCAUCCAAUUUCCGACCCAUCACGCUGGAAAGCAUUCCACUAAAAGUAUUUACUUCUUGCCUACGCAACGCCAUGUAUUCCUUCCUAACCGCUAAUAACUUUAUAGAACAUAAUAUACAAAAAGGAUUCACACCUAACCUCUCUGGCACCCUAGAACACACUGCACAAAUGGCCAACAUUAUCAACAAAGCUCGAAUCAAACAACGCUCGCUUGUCAUCACCUUACUUGACCUCAAGAAUGCUUUUGGUGAAGUUCAUCAUAAUCUCGUGACAUCCGUACUUGAUUAUCAUCAUAUCCCUGAACACAUUAAAUUGAUUGUUGAAAGCUUAUAUACUAAUUUUCAAACUUCCAUAAUUACCUCCGAAUUCCGUACCCCUUUCAUAUCAGUUGGCCGUGGUGUACUGCAAGUUGAUUGUCUCAGUCCUCUUCUCUUCAAUAUGUGUUUCAACACCUUUAUCCAACAUAUAAAAGCUGAAAAAUAUCGCCAAUUUGGUUUCUCCUUCCAGUUUUUAAAUCCCAUCCACUGGUUCCAGUUCGCUGAUGAUGCUGCGGUCAUAAGUAGUCAAGAAUCGGAAAAUCAACAUCUCUUAAACCGGUUCUCUAUUUGGUGCCAAUGGUCCAAUAUGAUUAUUCGGGUGGAUAAAUGUUGUACCUUUGGCAUCAAAAAAGCCCUGACAAAAUCAAUCCAGUAUCUGCCGAAACUACUCAUUAAUAACCAACUAAUUCCAACGACCCGUCUCGGAGAAAAUUUUCAAUACUUAGGAAGAUACUUUAACUUUAACAUGUCCGAUGAAAAACACAAAUCUGAACUAACCUCACUUGUUGAAGAACUAAUGGCUGAUAUUGAUUCUAAACCACUACACCCAAAAAAUAAAAUCCUCCUCUACAGUCGGUAUGUUUUGUCGAAACUAUCAUGGCAUUUCACUGUUACUGGUCUAUCGAAAACCUGGGUCAUUGAAAAUAUUGAUUCUAACGUGAACAGUUAUAUUCGUAAAUGGCUUGAUAUAUCUAUAUCCGGAACGCUGAGCACUGUCUUCCUAAACCGAAACAAAUUUGGUCUCAAUAUUUGCCCUCCAUCUAUAAAAUUCAUCCAAUGCCAAACUGUUCUCCGUAAAGCUCUAAAAAUGUCUCCAAACGUAGCUAUUAACGAACUUUGGAAGUCAACAAGUAACAGCAAAAAUAUCCAGUACGACAACUAUCACUCGACCAAGCAAGCUCUUAAGGAUUUUCGCUCUGGACAAGAGCAUAGACUGCGUAACCAACUAACAUGCCAAGGAUCCUUCUUCACCAAUAUUACAAAGUUCUCUCUUUCCCAACUGACGAAACUUUGGUCCACAUGUCAAUCGAACUUGCCGAAAAAUAUAUUCAACUUUACUGUACGAUAUAUUAACAAUUCUCUCCCAACGCGGCAAAAUCUUGCAAGAUGGGCUAUAUCGACAACUUCAGACUGCACUUAUUGCCUAGCCCCCGAAACCCUUUUACAUGUUGUAGCAGGUUGUCAAUUAUAUCUGGAACGAUACACAUGGAGACACGAUUCUGUCUUAAACUUUCUUGCGACGAACCUACAGACUCUCAGCGGAUCAUGUCUUUAUGUGGAUCUCCCAGGAUACAAAAGUCCAUCCAUCAUUACUGGUGACUGUUAUCGUCCUGAUUUGCUGCUCAUCUGUCAACCUCAAGUGGAUGUUUAUAUAUCGUGGAACUAA